AGAAGUGAUGAUGAAACCUGGAGAAAUAAACCGUUCUGACGUGUGGCCGAGAGGUUUAUUAGUUAAACUUCACUCAGUCGGUCUGUGUUAAGUUUCCUCUCAGUCUUUUCUGGUGAAAAGCUGCUUUAAACCGGAAGCUAACUUUACUGUUAGCGGGGUUAGCAUUAGCCGAAGCGCCUGCAAAGGAGGAAGAACUGAACUCGCAGGGGGUUUCAGGAUGAACAGGAGGUCGAGGUCGUCCCAUCUGGGCUUGCUGAUGCUGGGCGCCCAGGUGCUCGAAGUGGGCCUGGGCAGCAUUCCGCCCGUCACCCUGGCUGUCCUGGCCAUCAACGUUUACCUUUACCUCUUCCCAGCAGCUCCGCUCCUGAGGGCCUGUGUGAGCGUCCAGCAGGCGUACUGGCAGGGCGACUGGCGGCGGCUGCUCCUGGCGCCGUUCCACCACGCCGACGACUGGCAUCUGUACUUCAACAUGGUGUCUCUGCUGUGGAAGGGGAUGAACCUGGAGCGGCGGCUGGGCGCAGCCUGGUUCCUCUAUGUUCUGUCCGUCUUCUCCGUGCUCACCGGGGCGGUGUACCUGCUGCUGGAGGCGCUGCUAACGGAGCUAGCUGACGACCAGUCCUACAGCCUGGCCUGCGCUGUCGGCUUCUCUGGUGUGCUGUUUGCGCUGAAGGUGCUGAAUAACCACUACCACCCUGGACGCGUGAUUUACUUGAUGGGGCUGCCGGUGGCUAGCCGCUACGCCAGCUGGGUGGAGCUCGUUCUGAUCCACAUCACGGCACCUGGGACUUCGUUUGUGGGUCACCUGGCAGGAAUCCUGGUGGGUUUGCUCUACACGUCCGGACCGCUCAACAGAAUCAUGAGGAAAUGUGCAGAUUUGUUCACGUCAAACGAACACGGAUCACAUCACAACUACUACAGAUCUGCCGGCACGUCAGGUUAUGCUGGCCGUAGUGGAGUUUACUAUGGAUACUUUCAGGACCCCCCAGAUUACCACACGGCGUCGUACACCGGCGGGCUGACGGAGGAGCAGCAGCUGGAGGCGGCGAUCAGAAACAGUCUGCACGACCGAGGACAAGGCCACAGCAGUCGAGGUCGUCCACAUCGGGACUUCUCUGAUGAUUUCAGCGCCGAGGAGACGAGGUGGAGGAGGAUGAGGCGGUUCGACAGCUGAACUCUGACCCAGGAAGUAGAAGAAGAAGAAGAAGGUUUUGGUGGAAGAAGGACAGACUGAGAGGAUUGCUCUGAAUAAAGCGAUCAAACGUUUCACCACCUUCUGUUCUUUCCUGAAUCUGUCAUUAAUGAGCCAAAGAGAGCAGAUUCUGAGUUUGUGUGUUUUAUAAAACCAGAAGACGAAAAGCUUCUGAGCUUCGACUGCAGGAUGAAGUUUGAAGGUAAAAGUGAAAAGAAGAUUUCUGUUUCUUUUUAGCUUGAACUGAACGCUGGUUGGUUUGCUUAUAAAAAUCAUCAAACAUUUUCCAGUUUCAUAUCAGACUGUCUCUGAGACAGACUGAUACGAUAUAGAAAACAAAGAAACAGAGAGGAAUAAAUGUCUGAGAAAAAAAACAGAAAUUCUGAGAUCAGUCUCAAAUUUUCUAGAAAACAUAAAAUUUCUGAGUUUGAAAAGUUAAGGAAUUGGAGAAAUUUCUGACUCUGAAAUUUCAGGUUUUUGUAGAAAAAAGUGACUUUUCAAACUCAGAAAUAUUUGACUUUUUUCUGUCUUUUGAACUUGUUUUUAUUUUUUUUGUCUCCUUCUGGCUGUUGCCGCAAAUGAAGCUGCUGCUCUUCCUCUUGCUAUUCAUGAGUUCUCGAAGGAUUUUGCCCCUUUUGCCCCAUUUUGAAAAGGGGGGAACUUUGUGUCUGACUUUGUAAAUGUGUGAAAAGGCCUUAGAAUAAAUCUCGUUUUGCAGUA